UGAUUCUGCAGCCACAUAAUAAAAGCUCUGUGCCAUAAGAAGGUUCUCCAUGGAUCCAGUCAUGUUCCUACUACUCACCCUCUCCUGUCUGCUUCUCCUCUUAGUCUGGAGACAGAUCCCUGGGAGAGGGAAGCUUCCUCCUGGUCCCACACCUCUCCCAAUUAUUGGCAAUUUCCUCCAGAUAGAUGUGAAGAACAUCCAACAAUCCUUUACCAAAUUCUCAAAAGUCUAUGGUCCCGUGUUCACUCUUUAUUUUGGCAAAGAGCCCACUGUGGUGUUGCAUGGCUAUGAGGUAGUAAAGGAAGCACUAAUUGAUCAUGGGGAGGAGUUUUCUGGAAGAGGAAGGUUCCCAGCUCUUGAUAGAACUUUUAAUGGCCUUGGGAUCAUUUUUAGUAACGGAAAUAGAUGGAAAGACAUGAGGCGCUUUGCCCUCACUACCCUGCGGAAUUUGGGCAUAGGAAAAAGGAGCAUUGAGGACCAUGUUCAAGAGGAAGCACAGUGUCUUGUGGAGGAAUUGAGGAAAACCAAUGGCUCACCCUGUGAUCCCACCUUCAUCCUGGCAUGUGCUCCCUGCAACAUAAUCUCCUCCAUUGUUUUCUAUAAUCAUUUUAAUUAUAAAGAUCAGGAUUUUCUUAACUUGUUGAAAAUUCUGGAAGAGAGCACCAAGAUUCUGAGUUCCCCAUGGUUACAGGUUUGCAAUAAUUUUCCUGCUUUGCUUGAUUAUUGUCCAGGAAGUCAUAACAUAUUCUAUAAAAAUCAGACUUGUUUGAAAAGUUACUUUAUGGAGAAAAUAAAAGAACAUGUAGAAACAUUGGAUGUUUCAAAUCCUCGAGACUUAAUUGAUUAUUACCUAAUUAAAGCAAACCAGGAAAAUGGCAAUCAGGAACCGAAAUACACACUUGAAAAUCUGGCAGUAAUUAUAAACGAUCUGUUUGGUGCUGGGACAGAGACCACAAGCACAACUCUGAGAUAUGCUCUCCUGCUCCUGCUGAAGCACCCCCAUGUCGCAGCUAAAGUCCAGGAAGAGAUUCAUCAUGUAAUUGGCAAAGAGCGAAGCCCCUGCAUGCAGGACAGGAGCCACAUGCCCUACACGAAUGCCAUGAUUCAUGAGGUCCAGAGGUUUAUUGAUAUUGUUCCUAACAACCUGCCCCAUGCAGUGACCUGUGAUGUUAAAUUCAGGAACUACCUCAUCCCCAAGGGAACAACAGUUAUAACAUCACUGACAUCAGUGCUGCAUGACAGCAAGGAAUUUCCCAACCCAGAGGUGUUUGACCCUGGCCACUUCCUAGAUGAGAAUGGAAACUUUAAGAAAAGUGACUACUUCAUGCCAUUUUCAUUAGGAAAACGGGUAUGUGUAGGAGAGGGCCUGGCUCAAUUGGAGCUGUUUCUAUUCCUGACCACCAUUUUACAGAAGUUCAAGCUGAAAUCUCUGGUUCACCCGAAGGACAUCAAUACAACCCCAAUGAACAAAGGUUUUACUUCCAUUCCUCCACCUUUCCAGCUCUGCUUCAUUCCCAUCUAAAGAUCAGAUGCCUGGAUCAUGCUGUAUUCCUUUCUGAAAUCACACCAAAACCUACAUUUACCACUU